AUGUUUCGGAAAUCGAGCAAGACGCUGACGGCCAACAUCCUCAACCGGCCGCCGGCUGAAAUUAGCGACCACUUUGUGAUGGGGAAGGAGCUGGGAAAGGGACAGUUUGGCGUGACGCAUUUGUGCACGGAUAAGAAGACUGGCGAGCAGCUGGCGUGCAAGUCCAUCGCGAAGCGUCGACUGUCGACUAAGGAGGAAGUCGAGGACAUCAGGAAGGAGAUCGCCAUCAUGCACCAUCUAGCCGGGCAUCCAAACAUCGUCACGCUGCGCGGCGCGUUCGAGGACAAGCAGAACGUGCACAUCGUCAUGGAGCUCUGCGCGGGAGGCGAGCUCUUCGACCGCAUCGCGGCGCGCGGCCACUACAGCGAACGCGCCGCGUCGGGCCUCAUCAAAACCAUCCUCUCCAUAGUCGACUACUGCCACCAGAAGAAAAUCAUCCACCGCGACUUAAAGCCCGAGAACUUCCUCCUCGCGAACAAGCGCGAGGACGCGCCGCUCAAGGUCACGGAUUUCGGCCUGUCGGUGUUCUUUAAGGACGGCGAGGUGUUCACGGAGACGGUCGGAAGCGCGUUCUACGUCGCGCCGGAGGUGCUUAAGGGCAAGUACGGCAAGGAGUCGGACGUGUGGAGCUGCGGCGUCAUUCUCUAUAUUCUCCUCAGCGGCGCGCCGCCCUUCUAUGGAUCGACGGAGAAGCAGAUUUUCAACGCGGUGCUGAAGGGCAACGCGGAUCUGGUGGGCGAGCCGUGGCCGCACAUCAGCGACGCCGCCAAGGACCUCGUGCGCCGCAUGCUCACGCUCGACCCGCACAAGCGCAUCACCGCCGCUGACGCGCUCCGCCAUCCGUGGGUGGCGGCGGACAAGGCGUCGGACAAGCCGCUGGGCGCGGCCGUGCUGAAGCGCAUCCAGAAGUUCAGCGCCGCCAACAAGAUGAAGAAGCUCGCUCUCAAGGUGGUGGCGUGCAACCUGUCGCGCGAGGAGAUCUCAGGCCUCAAGAAGAUGUUCAAGGAGAUGGACAAGGACGGCAGCGGCAGCAUCACGUACGACGAGCUGCGCGAGGGCAUGCGCCGCCUCGGCAGCCCCAUCCCGCCCGACCAGCUGCAGCAGAUCAUGGAGGCCGCGGACGUGGACAACAGCGGCACCAUCGACUACACGGAGUUCAUCACAGCAACGAUGCAGAUGAACAGCGUCGAGAAGGAGGAGCACAUCCUGGCCGCCUUCAAGCACUUCGACAAGGACGGCAGCGGCACCAUCACGGUGAGCGAGCUGCGGGAGGCGCUGGAGGAUGAGGGCAUGCUGGAGCCGGGGGAUAUCGAGCAGAUCAUCGAACAAGUGGACACGGAUAAGAGCGGCACGAUUGACUACGAGGAGUUUGCGGCCAUGAUGCGGCAGCAACAGGGGGGAGGGCCGGAAAAGCCCCGCCGCAAGCAAUCACUCUCCUCUGCCUAUUAUUGA